AUAAUAAAUGCCUGUUAUACCUGACGUGUGUUCAUAACAGAUUAUAUUUUCGGAUAUGAUUAUUGUAUCCACUAGGGGCGCUGCAAACACAAAAAAAGUAGUUUUUUGCUUUUGGUUUUUUUUAUUAAUAUAUAUCUUUAUUUAAAAAUAAAAGCCUGCUAAAAUUAAACGUGUAUUCAUAUCACAGAAUUUUCUAUGCUGUUUUGUUUUUUUAUAAGAAAACUAUUUAUAUAUUUAAAUACAUUUCUUAUAUAUUUCCUAUGGCAUGUAUCUAAAUCGUUUCAUUUUCGCUGUAUUUUUUUUUAAACUAUUUUGAAAACUGUUGUCCCACGUGACCGGAAGUGAGUCCUUGCUAUCGGGGCUAGCGCUUCUAAUUCCGUCACCGACUGCAAAAAUACUUUAAACUUUCACUUAGUUGUUUAGGAUAGGAUAGGAUUUAAACUUAAACAGUCCAGGUUUUAUUUUAUGUUUUUAUAAAGAAAACAUGUUUACCGAAUUAUUUAUUUUACAUUCUCGAAAACAGAGACGGGUUAACAAGCUGGUUGAUAGACGUUAUUUAGCUGUUUUUACUGAAUCCAGUCAUGAAUGUUUGCUGAUCGAAGAAAACAAUUAAAUUAGAACUCGAACUCUGCUUAUAAAAGGUUGCUUACUAUUAAUCAUUACACAACUGUUUACAUCUUUAUUUUACGUUGCAUUUUUUACCUUUUCCUCGUGUACAGUCAACACAAUGGUGUCUGCUUUAAAUUGUACUUCGUUAAAAUGAGCUGACAACUGAAUGUGUAUUUUUAACGUUUUAGCUCGGUUGUGCUCUAUAUAGCGCGUCACUUUCUGUAACAGCGCCCUCCUUAAAGUGUAACAGAGCGGUCUAUCUAGUGCCCUCGGUGACACCGGAAGUGAUUUUGGGACGUCACCUGUGUCAGCCGAUUCUUAGUUAGCGUGUGCUAGCUGUUCGGUUCCCACCAACAGGAAGCGACAGGACGGGCUUGUCUGAUAAACAGCGUUUAUUAACCAUCACUUGUGUUUCUGUUUCGUUUCUUUCCAAAGGUUAAGGACGCCGAUUCUCCAGUGAGCCUCUAUAACAAAAUAAGGUGAGGCUGUAAGACUUUAAACCGACUCUAUAAGUGGUCUCGAGUCAUUUACUCAGAAACGCAACAAUUGACUGAGCUGCCUUCUGUUACACACUGGCAACAGGGCAGUCGGGCAUGGCUGAUGAAAACACUCACCUUUGCACUAACUGCAAACAUGACAUUCCCGAAGCUAACUUCACCACCCAUGAGAUCCACUGUCGACGCAACAUCGCCCUGUGUGAUGUGUGUCAGGAGCCUGUUCCCCGAGCUGAUCUUCUGCAACACAAAGAGCAGGAGCAUGCACAGGAACAAUGCAAAUGUGGUCUAAAUAUUGAAAAGAGGCUCAUGGAGACCCAUCAGAGUUCCGAGUGCAGCCAGCGUCUGGUCCCGUGUCAGUACUGCGAGCUGGAGCUGGUCUUCAGCCAAGCUAAAGAGCAUGAGGAUUACUGCGGGACGCGAACUGAACCUUGCCCCGUGUGCAAGUACAACAUCAUGCUGAGGGAGAAAGCCAUCCAUCCGGCCCUGUGUGGGAGCCUCACACCUCCCCAGGAGAGAAGGGUGGCCUCUCAGCCUCCUGAAGCAUGGUUUGAGACGCAGUCCAUUCAUAACCUGUUGAGGGGGCAAGAAAGGAGCAAUAAUAACAGCAGCGCUGGGUUAAUGGAGCGCAGAGGCCCACCACGGCCACUAGAGAGCAGACUGCAUAACAGCACUAGAGGAGCAGUGGGAGCUGGGGUGAGGAGAUUCACGGCACAGAGAAACAAUGAAUUUUCUCGUCUGCUUGACCGAGAAGCAGAACUGGAGAACAACAACAACAGCCUGCUGUGGCCUCUGAAUCAGCUGCCCGAGUCUGACUCCUCUGGUCUGGACUACCUCCUGGCUCUGACUCUCCAGAGUGACGGAGAUACAGAGGAGUCAGAUGUUCAGCAGGGUUUGUGGACCGACGUUUGGGAUCAACGUUUUGGAAGAGUGCCUGCCUCAAGCACCUUUAGCUCUCAGAUCACUUCUACCAAUAACAACACUCCAGCUAGCACUAACACGCCCUCCGAGAUUAUGCUCCCCUGUGAGUUCUGCGAGGAGCUCUUUCCAGAGGAAGAUCUCAUUUUGCACCAGACGGGUUGCAGUCCCGCCUCUGCCAUCGCCUCAUUCAGCAAGCAGGUUCUUUCUCAGCGCCACGGAGAGCCUCUGACCGACGAGGACAUCAUCACUCCCCGCACCCCGAGCCCUCCGAAUCUCCCCCAGUCUGUCUCCCCUCUUUCCUACAGCCCUCCCUCAAGCCCAGGAUUAAGUGAAGUGCUUAUUCCCUGUGAGUUCUGUGGAGUUACUCUGGAGGAAAGUGUCGUAUUCCACCAUCAGGAUAAGUGUGACCUCCGUCCUGCCACGGCUUAUCAAUCAGCUGGAGCAUCGCCCUCUCCUUGGAAACCCAUUCAGUCAACCAAUGAGAGAUGUGGGAGGAGUUCUCCAGAACGACAAAGGAGAGUGAAACACCAGGCAGAUCUUGCUGAAGAUUUCCUCAUGCCGAAUCUUCACAGCUGGCCGAGCAGCAUGUCUUCUAUGGACCAACGGAAGCCAUCAGCCUAUAAAAAUCUUCCCUCCUCUGAGAAGAACACCAAUGCAGAGCUGCAAGGAAAGGGCAGGAGUGAGUGGGGGAAAGGUAUUCAGACCCACCAGUCUCACUUAGAUCCUCUUCGUGGAGGCUACAAUUCCUCCACUGCAGGGUUUUCUGGAGGCCUCAAUCCAGAGAAGGAGCAGAUGGUCGACACUGCAAGAAAAACACAUCUGUUUCAAAGGUGUCCAAGAAGCAGAACACUGAAAAAGAAAAGGAAGAAGAAUAAGAAGUGUCCGCUUCCUUAAUCAUUGCGGGAAAACAAAUGGCUCAGAUUAUUUGAUGUUGAAAUGCAUUUUUUUUUUGCAUGUAUAUAUGUGUAUUGUGAAGAAAGGGUGUUUAUGUACUUGUCUCAGUGUCCAGAAAUGUUUAAUAUUUUCUUCUUCCUCUGCUUUUGUUGCACUACUUUUGUACUUUUUUCCCCUGUAUGUAUAAUCUUUCAGUAAUUUUUGAUACUUUUAGCUCCUUUAAUAUUUUAAAGUAUAUCGGGACUGGAAGGACACUAUAGCUUUUUCUAUUUUCUUAAAAUCUUCUUAAAAUAUGUAAGACGUUACAUUUACAUUUAGCUCAAUUCUAUUCCUUGUUUUGCAUACUGUCUUAUGUUAUGGUUUCAGGAUCAAGCCAAGCUGAGGCAAUCAACUUGUGUAAACUGUUCCUAUUCUUUUGAAAAUUGCCUUAAAGAUACAAUAAAAACCUCCUUCCUA